AUGGCCGAAGAACAGAUCCUCGAUAAUGGGCUACCUCAAAUGAAUCGCUAUAUUACAGAUCACAGACAGGAUGGAAAAGCUGUCUUCAACACUGAAAUUCCGGCCCCUUUGAGCUGGCAAAAAUUGCCAAACGGUGCAGCAUUUGCGCUCAGUUAUACCACGAACGAAUUCCCCGUCAAUUUGAACGACGGUAAGGAUGUUGGUAAAUAUCAAUCUUAUCUUCAAAGCCCACCAGGUCUUACCAUUCCUGGUGGCUCGGUACUACGUAUCGUCGAUAUGAAUCCGGAUUCGCUCUCGCCAAUGCAUCGAACAGUUAGUCUUGACUAUGGGGUCGUAAUUGAGGGUGAAGUCGACCUUGUCCUCGACUCGGGUGAAGUUCGACACAUGAAGAGGGGAGAUAUAGCAAUUCAGCGGGGUACAAUGCAUGCAUGGAGAAAUCCCAGCAAAACGGAAUGGGCUCGUGUACUUUUUGUGUUGCAGGAAUCGCAGCCUUUGCGGUUGGAGGAUGGAAAGGCCUUAGGAGAGGACUACGGACAUGGCAUGGAUGGAGUACCAGCAUCUCAUUCAUAG